GUUACAGGAUCUGUAUGUUAGACGUAUUACCUAGUGACUGUUUGUCGUCCUGAUUUGGUCUGCCGAGGUUCACCGGGAUUGCGAGGGAUCGCGAUUAAUAUAUUUUAUCUAGGCUAAGCUAGACGGUAUGGAGAUGCAGUUGCCAAGUUGGGCACUAUUUCGUGAUGGAGAAUGCAACCGACUAGCCCAUAAGCGGGCUAAAGCCAUCGGUUAACUCAAUUGAUCAACAUUCAUCCAUCGAUCUGUUCCUCUUCCAAGCAAGACGCAACUUACACCCCAUUUCUCACUCUUCACCUCUUUUAUUCUUUUUCUAUCCCUUUCUUCCAUCUCCCUCUUGAAUCUGCCUUUUACUUACACUCAAAAUGGCUUCCAAAGAGCGCCAAUACGCAACAAAAGGCCUCCCGCCCCCUCCCAAUGUCUCUGUCAUCACCAAGCCCAUGGCCGGCCUCCUGGUCGACAUCUACGGCUUACAAGAGCUCCCCCCGGCUCCGGCACCAGUAACUUGCCUGUGGCUUCUCCAUCCCCGGACGCGGUCUAAGGGCGUCAUGAACGAUAUUGCGCGGCGAGCCGUCCAUUCUUGGAACCAGAGCCCGAAGCAGAAGCAGCGGGGGCUCGUGGCGCUGGUGUUUGACAUGCCUAAUCAUGGGACGAGGAUGGUGAGCGAGCUGGCGAACAAGGCGUGGGACGAGGGCAAUGAGCAGCAUGCGAUUGAUAUGCUGGGCCUGGUUAAGGCGGGUGCGGGGGAUGCGAGUGGGUUGAUGGACCUGGUGGCGGGGUAUUUGGGGAGGGAGACGGAUGCUCAUGUGUGUUUGGGGUGGAGUUUGGGAGGGCAUGCGGCGUGGCAGGCGUGGUUUGGGGAGGAGAGGAUGGAUGCUGCUGUGGUGGUUGUUGGAUGUCCUGAUCUUGCGGAAAUAGGCUUGCUGGGGAGUCGUGCUGCGGCAUCCAAGUUGGAACAUGGCGAGGGAGGUUUCUGGGGUAGCAAGUAUUUCCCACCAGACACCAUCGCUACUAUUCGGAAGAGCGACCCCAAGGGCAUCCUCUUCGGGACGAAUCCCAUUCCCUCAUUGCCCCUGUCAUCAGCUGAGCAGGACCGGCUGCGCAAGAUCUUGGACGGCUGCGUUCGGGGGAAGAAGUUGCUUUUGUGCUCUGGAGGCGCUGAUGACUUGGUGCCGUAUGCGCAGGGGGAGCCGUUUAUUCGGGUGUUGAAGGAUGCGGUGGACGGGUGGUAUGCUGAUGGGAGCGUGGAGGUGGAUAAUCGGGUGUAUGAGGGCGUGGGACACAGGUUUGCGGCGGAUAUGGUGAAUGAUGCGGUUGCUUUUUUGAUGAGGGUUGUUGCGGAGGGGCCGAGGCAGAAGAGUGAGAGUAGAGCGAAGAUGUAGAUGCGGAAUGUGAGUUGCUACUUGAUGCUUGAAGUCAUGAUUAUACCGGAUAGACGGGAGUUGAGUGACUUGGGGAAUGUCUUAGUAUUGUUGUUUCUGGAAAGAUUCUAGGUGCCAGAGAUGGAUUUACUUCUAUACUACUAGGUAGAUCUACCCAUCUCCAGUAGGUCUAUCUAUCUUUAGAAGAUCUAUCCAUCUCUAGUAGACAUAUCCUAUUUACAUGUACUUAAGACG